AUGCCGCCUGAAAACGGCGCGCUCGCGCGCUCGCACAGCUUGCUGCUGCUGCAGAAAUUGCUCAACCUGCGCGACGCAGUCACUCCCCUCACUCUGAUUCUCGACAACCUCGAACAGCCUGCGCAGCCUCUGCUGCACGAGUUUAUCAGCCGCGCUACGAUCUCCAAAGCCAAAGUCAUUCUUCUUUCCUUCACGACCAUCAAGAAGCCGCAGGACGUAGACGUAAUUGUAAAAGCCGCCGGAAAGGACCUGCGCCUGGUGACGGAGGAUUUAGUUGCUCACUAUCCGAAGCUCGACGCUGAGAGAGAAACCGAGAGGUCGGCUCAAAGAGUCGUCAUCGUCAUCGACUCACUCAACCGGCUCGCCUCCGCGGCGGCGAGCAGAACGUCCGGAUUCCUGGGCGGCAUCCUCGCGCCCGCCGUCUCCAUAGUGGCCGUCUACCACACCGACGUGCCCGUGGUGCCGCCCCGAUCCUCCAACGAAUACGAGCCGCACCCCUUGACCAUCCUGAGCCACCAGGCAUCCGCCAUCCUGCGCCUCUCCAGCCUGGCGCAAGAGACGGAGCGGAAAAGGGCCCGGGAUCGCGCGGUGCAAGAGCCGGAAUGGGGGCUCAAGGAAGGCCGCGAGGGCGUCGUCAUAGGACUCAUCACGUCGUCGGGCGCGGGCAGCGGGGCCGAAGACGCGGGCAGCACCAGAGACGCGGGCGUGGUCAUCGACAUGGAGCUGCGGAGGAAGAGCGGCAGACGGGUGGCGGACAGGUUUGUUCUCCUGCGCAGCCAGGACGGCGCGACGGCGGGGGCGGCAGCUCCGAGGCUGGGGCCGGGGCUGGGGCUGGGCAAGCUUAUGCUGCUGGCUGAUCACCCGGUGUUUGCGAAGCCGCAGGACGACGACGACGGGCCCCCGGGCGAGGGGGGGGGCGGGGAACCAGUGAGCACCUUCAGCCUGGGCCUGACGGAGAAGCAGAAGAAGGACAGGGAGGGCAUCGUGCUGCCGUACUUUGAUGCGCAGACGGACAUUGGCUCCGGGGAGGGGGGGAGGAUCCUGUACGAGAUGGGACGCGAGGAUGACUUUGACGAUGAAGAAGACGAGAUCUGA